CUGAAAGUUUAAAAGUUUUGUUUAAUCUUAAAUUAUAUAUACCGCGUGUAAAUAUAGAACCUCGCCGAAAAACUCUGUAAGUCAACGUGAGCGGAGACCAGAUAGACAAGUAUAUGUGCCUCGAGCGAGACGAGACGCCGUUGCGCAAACAGCCAAUUCUCCCCUUAAGAUGAACCACGAAUCAAGUGAAUAUUCUCAACAAAACAAUUGUGAUAAACUCAAUAUGUACAAAAAUAAAAUGUCGUCCAACAGUAACGAAACAAUUAAUGUAAAAAAAAGUAACUUCGAAAUGAACGGAAACGGUGAUGAUUGGAAAGAUAAGCUAAUGGAUGAGGAUCGGGAUUUGUUCGAACUGCAACGCGCAUCGGAAGAGAUCAACAGGAGUAACAGAAGAAUUAUGAAACAAAGUUUCAGAUCAGAUGUACUCAUCAUUUCCGACGAACAGAAAGAGAGAAAAUCUGAACCUACCAAAUCGGAGAAAAAGACAAUCGAAAACAAACGUAAUGUUGCGUGCACGAAAGAAGAACCUAUUAUAACAGUACCAAAAUCGACACAUUAUGGUACAUCGGAAUCUCACAAAAUAAAUCCGGAAGAGGAUGACUGGGAAGCUAUGUAUGAUGAAAAUGGUGACUGUUUAGAUUCAAAGCUUUGGGAAGACCUCACGCAUAUGGUAGGAAAAGCAACAAUAUCUCCCCAAGAGAGUAAUAGCGAAAAAUCACUUCAAAAUAAAGAUAAGUCAUCUACGAUAUCAGAUGACAGUUUUGCACAUGUUUUAGAAAUCUAUGACUUUCCUGCCGAAUUUAAAACUCAAGAUCUUUUAUCAGUCUUCUCGCCCUACAAAUCGACUGGAUUUGAAAUCAAAUGGGUAGAUGACACGCACGCAUUAGCAGUUUUUAGCAGUGUACAAAUUGCCCAAGAGGCAUUGUCACAAGACCUGCCGUUCGUGAAAACGCGGCCACUACGCGAAGGUACAUCAGAGUCGAGGCAAAAGGCUCGCCGGUGUGCGGAAUUUUUGCAACCGUAUCGCACGAGGCCUGAGACGUGUCCGGCAUUAGCUCGCCGGUUAGUUAGCGGUGCAUUGGGCCUGCGCCUCAAGACGGCAGCUGCGGACCUGGAACGCGAACGCUUGCUGCUUAAAGAAGCCAAAGAAAGAAAAUUAUUAGCAAUCCGCCAAAGAGAUGAAGCGUGGGAGCAAGAAUAUACGACAAGGACAGGAAAAUAAUUUUUUU